AUGGCGCUCAUCCAUAUCCUCGUUGCGACGGGGGUGGCAAUGGUUGGGGUUGGUGCUGGCGGGUUGUUGGGCGAUACGCCUAAGCCCAGUGAUUUAUCCAAUGUCAAGGUCGGUAUGGUGCUGUUGGAGGUUGCGUGGGGUGUGCUCGCCUUGUGGGGGCUGUGGACUCUUUGGAAUGGGAUGGGUGGGGUGAGGAAAAGUGCUGGAAACCAAGGUGCACCGGCGGGCUUGGCCGCGAGGGCGAGGGAGGGGUGGUUGCUCCUAAUCGGUACCCUCCUCGCCCUUGCCCUCGUUGAGAUUUCAGUGAUAUACAUGCUUGUCGCGGAAUUCACACAGCGUGCGGAUCUAAACCCGACGACAGGGAAUUUGGCUGUUCGUGUUGUGUUGGGGUUUUCCCCCGAGUUGCUCGCGGCGAUUGUUUUGGUGUUCGCUGGGUUUGUGACCAGGGGAGCGGGUGAAGUUGGUGCUGGUGAGGCUGGGCUGGAGCAUGGGCAAGGGCGCCGACACAGACAUGCUCAUGGCCAUGGAAGGCGCUCGAGCUCGAAACAUGGGACUCGAUCCCAUUCGAGGUCACAUUAA